GCCGCGCGGCUCUGCCACUGCCCGUCCGCCGCGGAGCCGGUCAAGCCCCAGCCCCCGGCGGCGGGACAGCAGGGAGCGGCGAGGGGCGCGAUGGAGGCUCCGCGCCUGGCGCACACCAUGAGCAGCCCCACCAGCCCCUGUGAGGAGGUGAUCAAGAACCUGAGCCUGGAGGCGAUUCAGCUCUGCGAUAGGGACGGGAAUAAAUCACAAGAUAGCGGGAUUGCAGAGAUGGAGGAACUUCCAGUCCCACACAACAUCAAAAUAAGUAACAUCACAUGUGAUUCCUUCAAGAUUUCUUGGGACAUGGAUUCUAAAUCCAAGGAUCGUAUCACUCAUUACUUCAUUGAUCUCAACAAGAAGGAAAACAAGAACUCCAACAAAUUUAAACACAAGGAUGUACCCACUAAACUGGUGGCCAAAGCUGUUCCUUUGCCUAUGACAGUCCGUGGGCACUGGUUCUUGAGCCCAAGGACAGAGUACACGGUAGCAGUGCAGACAGCAUCAAAGCAAGUCGAUGGCGAUUACGUUGUUUCUGAGUGGAGUGAAAUCAUCGAGUUUUGCACAGCAGAUUAUUCAAAAGUGCACCUAACACAGCUAUUGGAAAAAGCUGAGGUGAUUGCAGGCCGUAUGCUUAAACUGUCUGUUUUUUAUCGGAAUCAGCACAAAGAAUACUUUGAUUAUACCAGAGAGCACCAUGGGAAUGCUAUGCAGCCCUCUGUUAAGGAUAACAGUGGCAGCCAUGGCUCUCCAAUCAGUGGGAAGCUGGAAGGCAUCUUCUUUAGCUGCAACACUGAGUUUAACACCGGGAAGCCACCGCAAGAUUCACCUUACGGAAGAUACAGGUUUGAGAUUGCAGCUGAAAAACUCUUCAACCCCAAUACUAACUUGUACUUUGGAGACUUCUACUGCAUGUACACAGCCUACCACUACGUCAUCCUCGUCAUCGCCCCCGUUGGGUCGCCAGGAGAUGAAUUCUGUAAGCAGCGCCUUCCUCAACUAAACAUAAAAGAUAACAAAUUCCUGACCUGCGACGAAGAAGACGGGGUCAUGGUUUACCACCACGCCCAGGAUGUUAUUUUGGAAGUAAUUUACACUGAUCCUGUGGAUCUCUCCCUCGGCACAGUUGCGGAAAUUACCGGCCACCAGCUGAUGAGCUUGUCUACUGCAAAUGCAAAGAAAGAUCCCAGCUGCAAGACCUGCAACAUCAGUGUUGGACGUUAAACCUUCCCUCGUGACUUAGGAGCCUUCAGACCUCUUUUGCCCAUUUCCAUAGUCAGCCGUUUUUGUCCGAAGCAUGCACAUGCCGCUGUCACCAAAAGCAAACACGACUCGUCAAAAUCUCCAAUAGCCUUUUUAGUACUUCUUCUCUCCCUCUUUCCCUUCUGUUCCCCCGAUGCUUUAAAUGAUUAGAAGUCCUGGAUUUCUUUCUGGCAACCAUUUAUACCUAGAUGCUGCAAAAAUUGUUUUCCGUUUCUUGCCAAACAUAACAAAAUCCUAUAUAAACUGCUUUAGCAAAAUAAAAAUAACUGCUUCUAAAUGGUGUUUAAAUAUUGCAUUCAUUUUAACUACUGAACAAAUACUGGGAUAACUCCAAACAGCAUGAAAGGUUGUAAUUGCAGCAUGAUUUCAAUUUCAGAGCCUAGAAAUGUCAGCACUUCCAACAACGUGUUGUUUGACGGUGUUAUUUAUGUUAUUUAUAUUAGCUAACUGAAAACAGAAACUGUGUC